CCCGUCUUCCCCCAACGGAUAACUCAUCCUGCGCUCUCAGGUCGGAUAGGGAGUUCGCGAGCGGGUGCUUCUGUUCUGCAAGCACGGGAGCUAGGACCAAUGGCAUCCUCCGUCCCUGGGGGCGUCUCUGCCCUUCCACUCCGUACUUUCUCUGAAUCCACCAUUCCCAAAUUGUUCUGCGUCCUGCCCACUUCUUCAAAUUCACCGGUCAAGGGUGCCACUCUCUCUCUGCGGUCCCUUGCCCCCUCAUUGCUUCAUUCCUAUAGGGUGCGUGCCGCUUCCGGCCUCGUUGAAGAUGGAGGUACUAUAGAUACUCUACCUGAAUCUGAAACGGGGCUGGAAUCAGUAGAGGUUGGGUCUGACAUUGCUGGUGUCUCGCCACUAGCUUUGAGCGAGGAUGCUGAAAGGAUGGCACCCAAGCAGAAGAUAAGAAUCAAGCUUAGAUCUUAUUGGGUACCCUUGAUUGAGGACUCCUGCAAACAGAUAAUGGAUGCUGCUAGAACUACCAAUGCAAAGACCAUGGGCCCUGUUCCUCUGCCUACCAAGAAGCGGAUAUACUGUGUGCUUAAAUCUCCACAUGUAAACAAGGAUGCACGCUUUCAUUUUGAGAUUCGGACACACCAACGACUCAUUGACAUUCUUUAUCCAACUGCCCAGACCAUUGAUUCUUUGAUGCAGCUGGACCUUCCUGCUGGGGUGGAUGUAGAGGUUAAGAUUUAAUGAACUUCAAUGUAUUGUGAUAAACCAUUCCCUUCUAGUUUUGUUCAAGUUUGUGGAGUACAAUUUUGCCAAUGUUAAAUUUGGUGAUGUCCAUGUUUUCUUACCAGGUUUGUCCUGUCAUCACUAAUGUUUGUUGAGUGAUUCUGAUGCAAGCUUAGGCAUAAUAUAGUCAACUACGUUGUAUUCA